AUGAUUCCAUGUACGAUUGGAGGUGUAAAGCUUGAGAUGCUUGUGGAUUCUGGAGCAGACGCAAAUCUCAUCAGUGAUGCUAUGUGGACCUCCCUGAAAAACAAGCGAAUCAUAGUAAAGUCUUCGACCAAAGGGAGUAAUAAAAUUCUGCGCUCCUACGGAAGAGAUGACCCUUUAAUCAUCCUCGGUACAUUUUGGGCCAACAUAGCUGUAGGAAAUAGGAAAGUGGAUGCAGAAUUCUUGGUUGUGGAAGGAGGACAGAAAUGCCUUUUAGGAGACAAAACCGCUAAGGAUUUAGGUGUCCUAAGAGUUGGUCUAGAAGUCAACCAACUGGGAGAGUCUUCGCGUCCCUUUACUAAAAUUAGCGGUGUUCAGGCAAAAAUCCGAAUUAAACCAGACGUGGUCCCUGUUUUCCAGCCUAUGCGUCGUAUUCCAUUACCGCUAGAAGCCGCAGUUCACCGUAAGCUGGAAGAAAUGAUUAAACGGAAUAUUAUUGAAGAGAAAAAAGGUCCAACUACCUGGGUAUCACCACUCGUGGUAGUUGGAAAAGCAAACGGGGAACCUAGGCUUUGUCUAGAUUUGCGCCGUGUUAAUGAAAACAUCAUUCGAGAACAUCAUCCCAUGCCGGUAGUAGACGACUACCUGGCCCGUUUGGGAAGAGGCAAAAUUUGGAGCAAGUUAGACAUCCGUGAGGCUUUCUUGCAAAUCGAAUUAUCGGAAGAUUCUAAGGAUAUCACCACGUUCAUAACUCCGAAGGGGUUGUUCCGAUUCAAGCGCUUGUGCUUCGGAUUAGCGACGGCUCCAGAAUUGUUCCAAAAGGCUAUGGACGAAAUUUUAUCCGGAUGCCCUGGCACUUAUUGGUAUCUAGACGAUAUCAUCAUAGAAGGAGGUGAUUUGAAGGAACACGACGAUCGUUUACAAGAGGUACAGUAA